AUGCCAGGCCUAAAUCCAGGUACUCCAAGCGUUAGGCUGGCGACGCCAGGCCUGGCGCCAGGGUCACCUGAUGAAGCAUCGAAAAUAAACCUUAUCCCUAGUGCAACUGGAAAGAUUUUGGCCUAUGUAGAUGAUGUUUCGGUGUAUGCAUUGGAGAACAAACUUGAUGAUAAUGUGAAGGUUAGGGAUGAUACAAACAUGUUUCCAACUAUUGAAGUUAAACAUCUAAUCAAAACUGGAUCAGAUCAUGCACCAUUGUUAAUGACAUAUAGGGAGCAGACCACCAAUUUUGUCAAGCCUUUCAGGUUCUUGAACUUUUGGACUAAACAUGCUACAUUUAUGGAUGUGGUGAGGCAGAAUUGGGAAGUUGAUUUCAUAAGGGAUCCGAUUUUUAUGUUCAAGCAGAAGCUCAAGAGGGUAAAGGCAGCACUGUCAAAAUGGAGCAGGGAAACAUUUGGUGAUAUCUUCAAGCAGUUGGCUAUUUUGGAAGACAUUGUUAGGGUAAAAGAGAUGUUGUUUGAAGAAAAUCCUACUAUUGAGAGAAGGAUUGUGCUUCAAAAGGCUCAAUCUGAAUUGAAGAAAUACUUGAGUAUAGAGGAGCAGUAUUGGAAGCAAAAAAGCUGGGAUGACUUGGUAAAGCCAGCUAAGGUGGUGAUCAAGCUUGAUAUGGCUAAGGCCUAUGAUAGGGUUUCAUGGAAGUACUUAUUGCAUGUACUAAGGAAGAUGGGAUUUUCUGAGCACUUCAUCAAUAUGGUAUGGAACUUGGUGUCAAAUAACUGGUCUUUGAAUAAGUUAUUUGAAGAUAGGUCAUUUGUGGGAUUUGGAAUGCCUAAGUGGUUUGAUCCUUUGAACCACUUGGCAUAUGCUGAUGAUACUAUAAUAUUUGCUUCUGCUCAUCCUCCAUCCUUGAGGAAGAUUAUGGCAGUGUUGGGAAACUAUGAUAAGAUAUCAUGCCAGAUUAUCAAUAAAGAUAAGAGUUCAUACUACAUGUAUUCAAAGGUUCCUAAUGGAUUGUGUCAGGCGGUUGGAACUAUUACAGGAUUUGCAAGAGGUAAAUUCCCCUUCACAUAUCUAGGGUGUCCUAUUUUCUACACUAUAAGGAUGAAGGAAUAUUAUGAGGAUCUUAUCAAGAAAAUAAAGGCUAAAUUGCAUUCAUGGAAAGAAAAGUUGUUGUCAUUUGGAGGAAAGGCAACAUUCAUUUCUAGUGUGUUGCAAAGUAUGCCAGUCCAUAUGUUAUCAGUCCUGCAGAGACCAAAAAAUGUCCUAGAGCAUCUUCAUAAGAUUUUUGCUAGGUUCUUUUGGAGCACAAAGGAAGAAGGGAGAAGCAGAUAUUGGGCCUCAUGGAAAAAUCUUUGCCUUCCUAAAGAGGAAGGGGGCCUAUGUUUUAGGUCCUUACAUGAUGUAUCGAGGGCAUUGUUUGCUAAACUAUGGUGGAGGUUUAGAACCACAAAAUCUUUGUGGUCUAAUUUCAUGUGGAAUAAGUAUUGCAAGAAGGAGAUACCAAUGGUGGUGCAGUUUAGACAGGGGUCUCAUGUUUGGAGACAAAUGUUAAAUGCUAGGGAAGAAGUAGAACAUGAGAUCCUAUGGGAAUUGAAUAGUGGAAAAACUAAUAUUUGGCAUGAAAAUUGGACUAGAUUGGGUGCACUUUAUCACGUAUUACCUGAAGACUUUCCGAUCAAUGAAGAUCUUUAA